AUGACGAGCACGCAGGAAGCAGAACAGUUCAUCCAAAGCCUGAGUGGCUAUAGCACGGACUAUGUUGAGAAAAGCUCCAAGAGACUGUUGUUUGAACUCCUUCGGCACAUCAAUGGCAAAACGUUCGCCACGGCCGAAGCAGCAAAGGCGACGCCUUUUCUUACUCUCAAGGUCUACCCUGGCAGAAUCAUCGCCGAAUGCAACAGUGAUGACUUGACCAAGGAAGACCUGCAAGCUAUCUGCCAGUCGGUUGACAAAGAACAAACGAAGGCAGUCAACUUCAAGACUAUUGUCGCCGCCACCAAGAGGACUCACAUCCAGUCGGGCAAUUUCUCGUUCGAAUUCCAGCACAACAUCUUCGACCUUGACAACAACCACAUUAUGCGACCCGUUUGGGUAACACCAGCCCAAACCGUUGCUGUCGGUACUACCCGUAUCACGCUCUACCUCCAUGAUCAAGGUAGCAAGGACGAGAUCCAGUACCUGAGAAACAUAAUUGUAUCUCAAUUUGAGGGCCUUCGACAGGAAUCUAUUCUUUUCCUCAAUAACAUACAGUCAUUGAAGGUAGAGUCCCGCGAAGAUGACAGGAUACUUCGAUCCAGGCAUUUCGAAAAGCAGACUGUCGACGAAUAUCGAGUGUCGGUGAAAGUCAUCACUGUUGAUGGAGAACGCAGCGAGGAGGAUACCCGUACCCAUCUUUUCCAUCUUACGAAAUCAGAUGAUCCGGCAACAAAUCUCAUACUGGCCUUCCCCUUGACAGACGACUUCAAGGCUGAAGUUGGUAGUACCUCGACGAAGAUUUUCAACCUUCUUCCACUCACACAAGGUUCACUGGGAUUCCACAUCAACUCACUCUUGGACGUCGACGAUCAAAACGGUGCGAUUACCGUUUCCACCAACAAUAUCGGCAUUCGGAACGAGAUAGCCAACUUGUUCUUCAAUGCGAUUUUACAAUUCUGCGAGCACCCGUUUCUUCGAUACCAAUGGCCUUUAUUUCUCAAGGCCGGAGUAGCAGAAGAAGACCCGUUCUGGAGUCUCCUUCGUAGCGAUAUUCGAAACUGGAUCUCGCAAAAUCCUGUGUUCGUAUCACGGCAUGUGAAACAUUGGCGUCUCAUCAGCCACCUUGCUGCGCCUGGCUGGGAUACUCAGGACGAAGCUGGAAACCCGCUAUUGGACGACGAGAUUAAUGAUCCGUUUCUUUCGAGUAGGUAUCCUCCAGGUGUAACAGGUAUUCUGAGAUGUUAUGGACUUGCAGCUCUAUCCAACGCCCAAUGUGUUGAAUUACUCAAAAAGCAUUUUAACAACCCGUUCCUGGAAUAUCGUAUGAUGUUUCGGACCAAGGAGUGGCAUAGUGCUUUAACUCGGCUCAUUUCAAAGCUUCUCAACAAUUCCGAGCAUUCAGACACGAUCAAAUCAUUUCCAUCCUUGAUAUUAAGAUAUGGCACAACAGUCUCUGCAGCGUCGGCAGUUUCUCAACCGGUCUAUUUUCCUACGACUAAUAACAUCGAAAUCCCCAAGACCUUGACUCUAAGAGUGAUCAAAGACACUAAAGGUGACGGAAUGUACCCAACGACGCUAUACAAGCAACUUGGGGUCACAGAGGCAUCUAUGGCUCAAGUGAGAACGUUGAUCAUGGAGGCCUUUUCCGCUUCAAACUCGUUUACACUUGAUGAAAUCAAAAGCUAUCUCCGUUAUCUAUACCUCACUCACCAUCACCAGCCUUGCAGCCCUCCACACGAAGAGCUCUAUAGUACCGUCAAGAUUAUAACUCAGGAUAAGAAGACAAAGAGUCUGAGGGAUAGCACCAUCUAUCUGCCGGGAACGGAGCACCCCUAUACUACACAGAGCCUCUUUGGCAGUGGUAUGUUUGGGCGGUGUGAAACCAUCGACUACCUGCAUCCAUACCUCCUUAAAGAUGCACCGAAGCAGCCUGAGAUCGGUCAUAUAGCCUGGAAAACAUGGUUAUGUGACUGUCUUGGGAUGAAGGGGAGGCUAAGUCUUUUUCGAUUAAUACCUUAUCAUGGACGAGACUCGACUAGAGGUGCUCUUUCAACUCCUGAAACCAUCGACAGUUUGUCUGAACAUUGUGCAAAUCUACUCGAAAACCGCCCAGAUGUAUUUCUGGGACUUCUUGAGCAUCUUUGGGGGUUUGAGGGUUCUCGAAUAAUGGAAAGCCCAACACUGUUGUCAGAGAUCCGAAAACUUCCCGCCAAGAGUCUCUGCGGCUUAGACCGCUUAGUGGUUCUUCGAGAUACAUGGGUUCCUAUCCAGGGGCUCAAAGAGCACGUCAAGACCUUCAUGGACUCUCCUGACAUGUUUCCAUUCUUGAAACUCGAAAAUGGGAUUGAUAAGAAUAUGGCUCUUCCAGGCAACAAGUGGUGGUUCCUAACACGGGAUCUCGGCGUAAAACGGGACUACAGUAUGGAUUUUCUGCUUGCUAUUCUGGAUUCUAUCGUACAAUCUUGCAAAACCUUAUCAUCUUCGCAGAUGGUUAAAGUGUCCAACUUGUACUAUUCCAUAAGAACGAUGUUCUUGACAUGCAAUAACGGAGAAAAGAAGCGAGCACUGGAAUUCUUUGAAAAUUCGGGCAUUCUCUACAUGGAUGAAAGCGGGCCAAUUUGGACGGGCACUUCCAGUUGUCUCUGGACUGCACCUCCGGACAUGAUUUCUCGAUACUCUCUCAAAAUGUUUUACGAGGAUAAAGUCGUUGAUAAGGACAAAUUGCAAGGCAUAUCCGAUUUGUUCUGCAAGGUACUGGGUAUACAGGACGCUACUGUGGAAGAUGUAGUGGAAGAGUUGUGUCUUUUACGAGACGAAGGCUGUGAGGAUCUGGCACGUAUUACAAACAAUUACAAGUAUUUGGACAAUGACAUAAAGUCAUCAUGUUCAAUCAGGACUGCGUUUGGUGAGCAAGCCGUUAUAUUCAUUCAAGACGACGACAUUUCGAUAUGGUUUUCUACCAAGGAAUGCUUCUGGUCUGAGGCAGAAACUACACCGAUGGAAUGUCGCCUGAAGAGAUGCUACCCGGGUUACAAACACUUCUUUCUCGAGAAAUUGGGCGUUAGAACCUCUUCCUACGACAAACUCGUUAAUUUCACUUCGACAGAUGUAGAGGAAGCGAAGAAAUGUCUGUUGUCUUUCAUGGAUGAGUCAGACGCUCUCUAUGAAUACGAACCAGAACCAAUGGCGAAAGUAAAGAUUUUCCCAGUGCAAUAUCCCACUUCGGAAGCUCAGCCACGACCUCGCAUUGAACUAUGCUCUCUUGACACUGAGUUUUGUAUUGGGGACCGCGACUAUCUAGUGAAAUCACUGCAGCCCCAGGUCAAAAUGUUGAGUUUCAGCAUCACAGAGAUACGGAUGCUGCAACCUCUUUUCAGCUGGUUGUCGAUGGAAGAUCGCUACCUCUCGGAAUGUGUCGAGGAGGCAAUUACUGGUAUUCCUCCAUCUAAUUUCAUGCCACGUGAUGCGACUGCUAUAGAAAUGGCGUUGAUGAACAAGGCAUACCAUAUUGCGCGUGUCGCCGAAACAUUCAAGUCCUAUGGACCGUACGGCAAUGCAUUGUCUUUAUACAACAUGCUACGGAAGAUUAAAAUCGCCAAAGUUGACAACAUGUCGAUAGAUCUGCUACUCUGUCAAGACGAUGAGGUAUUCACGUCCAGGUCUUCACAGAAGACAAUUGCCUAUAUCUCUGAACAUAUAGAUAGUAUGGCUAUCUAUGUAAACUAUGACGACAGCGAUGAGCAGCUGUGUCUUUUUUCGACCCUUCCUAGUAAACUUCAACAAUGGCUAAUGCAAGAUCUCCGAAGUCUUUGCUUUGAGUCUUUCGAAGUCACUAAUGCCCUAACUUCAAUCUUUGCUUGUGACGCUGAUAUCCUAGACGACAUCCUGCAUGAUCAAGGCAUGGCCGAACUUCCUUUCGAGAAUCUGGACAAGGUUCAGUCGAAACCCUAUACAGGGGCACAACAGCCUCGGGUGGACCAAGACAAAGCGUUGACUCUAACUAUACGUGAGCGAUAA